UAACAGGACACACUUACCCCGCGAUUCAUCUGCUCAAAAAUCGCGUCGCCACCUUGGUCGAAUAUUCGUUCAAAGAACACCGCUCCAACCAUGAUGGUUAUAGCGAAAGUGGACGUUCUCCUGAAGAGCAAAUUGUAGACAGACUUAGCCAGCGCCAUGUCGGUGGAUUGAUGGAGGAAACUGAGGCGACACGCUUCCGGUCGAGUAUUGGCAAUUUAAAAGGUGACACCUUGCUGGUUUGAGCACAUAACCAGCACCAUGGGAAGGAGAUACUACUGUGACUACUGUGACCGGUCCUUUCAGGACAACAUGCAUAACAGGAAGAAACAUCUGUAUGGUGUUCAGCAUCACAGAGCUAAAAAGGCCUGGUAUGACUAUUUCAGAGACUCUUCAGCUAUUCUGUGUGAUGAGCAAUUAAAGAAACCCUGCAGGAAGUUUCUCCAAAAAGGAAUAUGUGAUUUUGGCCCUAACUGCAGGUUUUCUCACAUGUCAGAAGAGGAUAUGUUUAACCUACAAAGACAAGUGGAAGAUGAAAGACGACUCAGGGAGGACUCUGUAGAGAGAAGGAUGCCGGGGCGUAGUAUAGAAGAAUGGCUCGCCAGAAGGGAAAAGAGGCGAACUGCCCUCAGUAACCAAGGAGAUCUAAAAAAUAAGGAAGACAUUGAAGAGGUCCAAGAAGAAAGUGACGUACCUCAACAGCUCCUCACCAUCCCUGACCUCCCACCCUCUCUUCUUCCUCCUCCUCCCAGCGGGUGGAGAGUCAAAGUGAACACAGAAUGGGGUUGACUGAUAUUCACUUUGUAGUUCAACUCACUGUUAAGCUGCUAUGCACCAUAGAUAGCAGGACAUGUUGAGAAACCAUAUGAGAUGUCUUUUUGUACGUUUUUUUUAGUUUGAAAUGUUUUACUGAUUCAUACAUGGUAAGGUAAACUUGAAAUGACAUACAGGCAGUGCAUACUGAAUCUCACAACUGACAUUUUGGCAGUCUGUUGUUGAUUGCUUUGCUAAUGUGAAGUCGAGUGCCUUUACCAUGUGACUCCCCAAAGGAGUUACAUUUGAUGUCAUGAAGAAUGGAGGAUUGCUGAGCAGAUGGAAAUGAUUUUUGUUUAAUUCUAAUCCUCUGUUGCGUCACCGGGGGAAUAUGAUCUGAAUGAUUUUAAUUUAUAACCCAGCCAGCUGAAAACACAAUUUUGCUUCAUAAAUAGUAAAGAUAGCAACGCAAUGAUCUCGACUAAGUUGUCACCUGAAAGCGUUCGUAGUUAUCAGCAUGCAUAUCAACUUUUUAUGAUAAAUGCAAUUGUCAUUGACCUUUAUAAAGUCCUCAUUUUAGUAAUGCUGGAUACUCUUUGCAUUGCAUUAAGUUUAUUUCUGUUUUGUAUUAUUUUAUAUAAGUAUUAAUCUGCUGUCUUGGCAAGGAUAUAUCUCAGACUAAGUUACCCUGUUUAGUUUUUAUGGUACAUAAUAACACAUUCACAUCCAAGUGAGUGAAGAAGAAAGCAAAUAUGACUGAAACUAUGAAUUACUUUUGGUUUACUUAAUAAAAAAAAAAGGUUUUGCAGAUAUUGAGGAAAUUAGGAUAAAUCCACAAAAAAGGCUUGAUAGAUAUCCCGAGUACAAAGUUGUCAUAUCUUGGAAAUGAUGUUAGGUUUAUUUAAG